CGUGACAACUGCAUCGUUUAGGUCACUCGCAAGCAGCCGGAUGAAGAACGAAUCCCUCUAUCUGACAUCUGCCCCGGGGUUUGAAACCCCCCUCAGAUGCUCAGCCCGCCUCCCGUACAGUCGAGCGGCUGCCUGAGCAGCAUUUCCCUCCUUGUGUUCGGUGUAGUGUUGAGCCCGUCAGCAGAGCAGCCUGAACAAAGCCAUGGGAGAGAGGGAGAGAGAGAGGGAGAGGGAGGGAGGGAGAGAGAGAGAGAGAGAGAGGGGAGAGCUUCUGGGAAGAAAUGCCUCUCACUGACUCUGUCGCCUCGACAACCGGUGCGUGGAGCAGAUGAGAUUGCAGAGUACAAGUUGAGCACAUUAUAAGUGGACCGAGCAGGCCUGAGCUCUCCACCUGAGCUUCUCCUUCCAGCAGGUGCCAGCAUGGACGUGGAGGACGAGCCGCUGCUGUUUCAGACCAGCUGGGUAGGUGAGGAGGAGGAGGAGGAGGAGGAGCAGGAGGAAGGUGAUGGAGUAGCACAUGUGGCAGGACAGAGCUGCUUCUCUGGGGACGCUGGAGUCUGUGGACUGUGGAGGGCAGUGGGGUGGGUCUACACUCAGCCUUGGGCCAGUGGAGGGAUCCUGGGAGUUGCCAUCCUGCUGCCAUGUGCCCUGUUUGCCUACAUGCUGCUCUACUGCCCUCCUCUGGACAUAGACCUCUCCUACAGUGCCUUCGAGGUUCACAGUCACUUCUCUGCUGAGCGCUUUGAUGCCCUCACCAUUGCUGUGAAGACUCAGCUGGGGUCCUGGGACAGACGUAGGCGAGACCUAGAUAACAUUCAGUCUGAGGCUCUGAGGGAGCUUCUGCUGGAGAAGCUGGGCGAGCAGGGAGCGCUCAACAGGACAGAUAAUGAGGGCACAAGUUCCUCCGCUCCUCGAAAUGAACCUUCACAAGCUGGAGAUGAUCAGAAGAGAGGAGCUGCAGCGAGCACAGAUGAAAAGACGCUGCCUGAUGUGGGUCAGGAGGAAACGGGAAAGCACAAGAGCUCAAGUGCCAGAGCAGAGGAGGAAGAAGAGAGAUUACCAAGUGCAAAUUCCACAUUUUCUCUAAUUAGGAGGCGCAGGUUUGCUCCCAAUUACUACUUGCAGAGCCAGGCCCGGUGGAGGAUAGAGCUGGUGUUUGUAGCUCAGGGGCGAGGCGAUCGCAACAUCUUCACUCCGGAGCGCCUGCAGACCAUUCAUCACGUGGAGCAUCUGCUCAUGCAGCACCCACAGUUCCAUCAGUUCUGCUGGAAGCCCAUGGAGGUGCUGAGGGACCUGCCGCUGGGGCCGUCCUACUGUUCCCCUCCCAGCUCCCUCCUGUCCUACCUCUACCCCAGCGAAAGAGGGGGCAAAAUCUACUACGAUGGCAUGGGACCAGAUCUGGCUGAUAUUCAAGGCUCUCUGAAUCUGGCCAUCACCCAUCCUCAGUUCUACUGGUAUGUGGAUGAGAGUCUGUCCCCGGAGCAUCUCUCCUCCUCUCUCCUGCGCAGCGAGAUCCACUUCGGAGCUCCUCUGCCGUCUUACUACUCCCUGCAGGACCGAGCGGACGAGCAGAGAGCCCGCUUCAAAAACUUUGUGGUUCAGUACGCAGACAUCCUGGCCAAGCAGUCCACCAGCCAGGUGAAGGUGCUGUAUGGAGGAACUGAGCUGUUUGACGAUGAAGUGAGACACACCUUUCACAAUGACAUGAUGCUGGCUGUCAUCAGCGGAGCCUGCAUCACUGCUCUGGUCUACGUCCUGACAUCCUUCUCUGUUUUUCUCACUUUCUUUGGGCUUGCCAGCAUUGGUUUGAGCUGUCUGAUGGCCCUUUUUCUCUACCAUGUUGUCUUUGGUGUGAGGUACCUGGGUAUCCUCAACGGAGUGGCUGCUUUUGUUAUCAUCGGUAUUGGGGUGGACGAUGUUUUCGUCUUCAUCAGCACCUUCAGGCAGGCCUCUCACAUGCGGCAGCCGCAGCAGCGAAUGAUUUACACCAUGAAAACAGCUGGCCGGGCCACCUUCCUCACCUCCUUCACCACCGCAGCCGCCUACGCCGCGAACACCUUCUCCCAGAUCCCGGCGGUGCAUGACUUCGGCCUGUUCAUGGCCCUCAUCGUCAGCUGCUGCUGGUUCUCGGUGUCUGCCCUGAUGCCGGCCGCCCUGUGCAUCUGGACUCAGUUCGUGGAGCCCCAUGAGCACGCCUGGUUGAAUUGCUGGAAGUUGUUCCCGGGCCUGUCAGCGAGCCACAGCCCUUUAUCGGAUGAGGACGAUGAUGUGGCUCUUCUGUCGGUGGAGAUGGAGCCAGGCUCCGGUGACUCAGACAGCGACGCAGCCAUUCUGUCCCUGUCGGUGGAGACGGCCCUGUCCCCCCCGGGACAGCAGCACGUCGGGGUGGUGAGCACCACUCUCCAGUGGACUCUGAAGCACUUAGUGGCGGAGCCCGCCGUGGAGCACCGAAAAGCAGUUUUAGGUGUCUUCCUCCUGGUGCUGCUCCUGUCUGCCGGCUGCUGCUGCCUGCUGAGGCCGGCCACGCACGCCCCGCUCCUGUUUCGAAGAGACACAAACCUCCAGACCCUCCUGGCUCUGAGGAGCAACCUGAGCGGCCAGGGCAUCUCCUGCCCCAUGUGCUCAGGUGUGUUCAUGGAAAAACCCCACCCGCUGUACACCCACACGUCCUCGUCAGCGUUCAGGUUUUCUGCACAUCAGCAGAACCCGAGCACGACCGCCUCCACCGCCGCCCAGAGCCCGGCGAGGCCGAGCGGCAACCAAACAGGCCCUUUGCUGACAGUUUACAUAUCAAAGUUGGACCUCGAAGGCUCAACAACGCUUUACCGUUUCUCCCUUAACACCAGCAUCCCGUCGCCGUGGAAACCGUGCAGCUCCGAGCACAAUCAAGUGUCAUCAUUUCAGGCUUUUAAUCAGCCCCACAGCAACUACAGCAGCAGAAUGACAGUGUGUACUUCCCGUGUGUACCACCCGUACCCCAGUUGGAUGCUCACGUCCGCCUCGUGCGAUCCCCGACAUGGCUGGACGCCAGACUUUUCCUUUUAUGUGGCAGCAUCUCCACAGCUGCACAGCAGGAAACUGUACUUUGCACAGCGCCGCCUGAGGCCUCAUCCGAGCCGGGUGUGUGUCGGCCCGCCCGGCUGCGGCGUCAGCUCGGGGCCUGACGGGCCUGCACGGGGAACCUUUUACGCUCCUCUUCCCGGCGAUCCCUCAUCUGCUGCCAAAGCGAAACCAUCCAAGACGUCUGGCUUCAACCCAUGCAGCGGCGGUGUGUGUGGCCACCCUGCAGUGCGACCUCUGGUCGACACUGGGGCCAUGGUUUUUGUCGUGUUUGGGAUCCUGGGGGUCAACAGAACUGAACACAGGGACAACCAUGUCAUCGGAGAUAUGGGCAGCAUUAUAUUGGACCCAGACUUCGAUAUUUUCAAGGAGAUGGAGCAUCUUUGCAAAAUCUGUAAAGCAGUCAGUGCAAACAAACAACUUGUGAAGCCAGGAGGAGCACAAUGCUUACCCUCAGGCUACAAGCUGUCUUCUGUUCUGCCUCGGCUGCAUCCUGAGUGUCACUCCCUCCCCGAGCCCAACCUGCUCCCGGGGCAGCUCUCUCACGGAGCGGUGGGAAUGCACGGGGGAAAGGUUCGCUGGCUGUCCAUGGCCUUUGAGUCUACCACAUACAAAGGGAAAUCCUCCUUUCAGACCUAUUCUGACUUCCUUCAGUGGGAGAACUUCAUCCAGGAGCAACUGGCCAGCCUCCCGCAGUCCUCCGCUCUGCAGCGGGGCUUUCAGACCUGCGAGCACUGGAAGCAGAUUUUUAUGGAAAUCAUAGGUGUGGAGAGUGCCCUCUGGAGCCUGCUGCUGUCUCUGGCCAUCUGCGUGGCAGCUGUGUCUGUGUUUACUGCACAUCCUCUGCUGCUGCUGCCGGUGCUCAUAACCAUCCUGGGGGUGAUCUGCCUGGUCGUGGCACUCAUGUACUGGCUGGGAUGGGAGAUGGGAGCCGUGGAGGCCAUCUCUCUGUCCAUACUGGUCGGCUCGUCGGUGGAUUACUGUCUGCACUUGGUGGAGGGAUACCUGCUGGCCGGGGAGACCACGGCCUCCGCUGCUGGACAUAACAUGGAUCUCGCGGCGGAGAGGCAGCGCCGGACGCUGGAGGCGGUGAACCACGUGGGCGUCGCCAUAGUGUCCAGCGCCGUCACCACGGUGAUCUCCACAGUCCCCCUCUUCUUCUGUGUCAUUGUGCCUUUCGCCAAGUUCGGGCAGAUCGUGGCCAUCAACACGGCCGUGUCCAUCCUCUUCACGCUGACGGUGACGGUGGCCACGCUGGCCUGCAUGGCCCCCGUCCGCUUCGCCCGGCGCCCCGGCGCCGUGCUGAAGGCCAGCCUGGCCGUGGCGGCGGCCGCGGCCCUGGGAGCCGGCCUGUGCUGGGUGGGAGGACGGCUGGGGGCGUCGGCCUGGCAGUCGAUCAGCACAUAAGACUCUACCUACCGGCGCGCCGACGUCAGGCUGAAGAGUUCGUCUGUAUGCAAAACUUCGA